AUGGCGAUCGGUACGAGUUUUGUUAUUACGAAGAAGGGCUUGAUGCACGCCUCCGAACGACAUGGGUUUGAGGGAGAAGGAUUUUCAUACCUGAAGAGUCCUGUGUGGUGGGGUGGCAUCGUGACAUUGGCUCUCGGUGAAGUUGCCAAUUUUGCGGCAUAUGCCUUUGCGCCGGCGAUCCUGGUCACGCCACUGGGUGCGUUGAGUGUUUUGAUCGGUGCGGUCCUGAGUUCGUACUUCCUCAACGAGAUACUCGGAGUGUUAGGAAAGCUGGGUUGUGCGCUGUUCAAUGAGAUCCUUGGAUAUGCUGUUCAGCCAGGGUUCCUGUUCUACUGUUUGGUGGUUGCGAUUUUCUCGACCGUGAUGAUCUAUCGGGUUGCGCCAGUCUAUGGCAAGAAAAACCCGCUCAUCUACAUCUCGAUUUGCUCCACCGUUGGAUCGGUUUCCGUCAUGUCUGUCAAGGCCUUCGGUAUUGCGGUCAAGCUGACUAUUGGAGGCAACAAUCAAUUCGUUCAUGCGUCUACCUAUGUCUUCGCCAUUGUGACUGGAUUCUGCAUUCUCACGCAGAUGAACUACUUCAACAAGGCGUUGAACUCUUUCUCUACCUCGAUCGUCAACCCGCUUUACUAUGUUACCUUCACAACCGCGACCCUGUGCGCCUCUUUCAUUCUCUUCAAGGGAUUCAAUACCACAGACGCCGUCAAUACAAUAUCACUGCUUUGCGGAUUCCUCAUCAUCUUCACCGGCGUGUACCUUCUGAACCUCUCACGUCACGAUCCAGAUGGACACUCCAUGGUCAACUCCAAGCUUGACGAAGAUGGCGUACCAACGGAUGGCCUGGCAAGCUUCCAAACACGGCGCUCAAUGCAGUCUCGCCGAAGCUCUUCGAGCAUAUACUUCAAUGGAAACGGCGAUCGAGAAGGGCUGAUCCACGCAUAUGAUGCGGAACACGGGAUAGGUCUGAACAAUUUGACGGAAGCAAGCGAAGGGGAGCCCGGUCCGACUUUCCAACGAACCGAAGCACAGACUGUGAUGCAUACAAAACGGAACAGCCAGCUUUGA